AUGAACAACACCGACCAGUACCACAUCACUUCUGGCGCAGACAUGUCUCCGCCCAUCACCUACACCCCCACCACCCAUCGCCUUAGCAAAGCCAAGAAGGGGAAGCGCGUGCACGUGUGCGAGUACACCGGAUGUAAAAAGGUCUUCACUCGGGCUGAGCACCGCCGGCGGCACGAGAUGCGCCACUACACCAAGAAGUCCUAUCCGUGUACCUUCCAGGACUGCAAGCGGACCUUUCAUCGAUCCGACUACCUGACUCGCCACCUGGAGAAGCAUAACCAAGUUCCCUCGCGCGCUUCAUCCACCAGAUCCAACUCGUCCCGAGUCCGACCGACUUCGCAACCGCGCUCCACCUCCACCGAUGCCCCCGUGGAAUCCAUCAUCCAAACCGACGCGGCCCCAACAUCCUACCCCAACAUCUGGACCAGCAUGGAAGCCUCUCUCCCACCAACCGCCGCAUGGUUCAAUCAGAUCCCAGACUCUGUCGAAAGUGGCCACUUCUACUCCACCACCCCUGAGCUGAGCAACUCUCCUAUCCCAACAAUCGAAUUCGCCAGCCCCGCCGCCUCUCCCUCAUCCUUCCUCUACGAGCAGCCCCAGAUCUUGGACCCGUAUCUCCACGGGCCUGCCUCGGACGUGGGUUCAGGAGUUGACUCGCCUGUCCCCUGGGAGAAGAUGGACCACUACAUGCUCCCGUUCCACUAUGGGCCUGUUCCGACGCAGGACAUGGCCUACCCUCCUCCUUGUCAGUACACGUCGUGGCCUAGCCCCGACAGCUUUGCUCCUCUGCAUGAGUUUUCGGCUUCCCCCAUGGGCUAUAACCAGCCCGCUAUAUGCUGA